GUUCUCUCCGCGCGACCGGAAGUGGCUGUUGAAGCGGCAGUAGGCGUGAAAAGAGGUUGGCGCUGGGGAAGUGUAACCUCCUCGGCUCCCUUCUCUACGUCUGGUGAUUGUGCCAGUGCUUCCGGACGCGGGAUCCGAGUGCGCGGAUCGCCCUAGAGGGAGGGAAGCCCAGGUAUCACCAUGGCAACCGUCAGCCUCGCGGCCGCGUGACGUCACCCUCGUCGCCGGGCUGGUCGCGGCCUCUGCGGGAGGGCGCCGGGGAGUCCUCGGAGGGAGAGCCCCUCUCUUUUUUCAAUGCGGGGCGGUUCCGCCCUGAUCCCUUGGACGGCUUUGUUCUUUUGUUCCGGUCUAAGAGGAAGGAUCUGCACCCGGCCCCGCCCUGUCUGUCCACCUUCCAGCCUUUCCUCCCCGCAACAGGUGUGUCCUCCUCCCAGCCGGGGCGGGAGCCCGCCAGGUGUGCACGGAGGGCCGCCAGCCUGAGCGUGUGGAAGGGCUCCUGCUCUUUGCUGGACGGCUGAACCCCAGACCGAGGCCCCUGCUGGAAGGACGCUGCUCGGGAAACCCUCGUGUCCAGGCUCCGGAGGAACGGAAUGAGCUCCUGAGAUGGAAGACCCUUCCUCUCCGGAGCCUGCCCUCCUCCAAGCGGGACACACUUUACUUGCAUCAACCAGUUUUCAAGAAUCAGUGACCUUCAAGGAUGUGAUCGUGGACUUUACCCAGGAAGAAUGGAAACAGCUGGAUCCCUUCCAGAGAGAUUUGUUCAGGGAUGUGACACUAGAAAAUUAUACCCACCUGGUCUCCAUAGGACUCCAAGUUUCCAAACCUGAUGUGAUUUCCCAGUUAGAGCAAGGGACGGAGCCAUGGAUCAUUGAACCUGGCAUUCCAGUAGGUACUUUUGGAGACUGUGAGACAAGACCAGAAAAUAGCGUAUCAGUCCCAGAGCUGGAUGUUUCUGAAGAGCAGCCAUCUGACGAGGCAAUUGUGGAAAAACACAAGAGGGAUGAUCCUUGCAGUUCUAACUUUUUAGAAAGUUGGGAGUAUGAGAGCAUUGUAGAGAAGCAGCAGGCAAACAAACAGACCCUGGCAAGAGAAAUAAAAAUAACUGAAAAUAAAAUACCUACCUGGGAGAGAGGCCCUGUAACUAAUGACUGUGAGAAAAGCAUCAGUGUGAGUUCAAACCUUAUAACACAAGAAAAAUCUCCAGAAGAGACCUCUACCAAAACAAGUGUCAAACAGAAUAUAAAUCCAGUUAAAAAAGAGAAAACUUGUAAGUGCAACGAAUGUGGGAAAGCCUUUAGCUACUGUUCAGCUCUUAUUCGCCAUCAGAGAACACAUACUGGAGAGAAGCCCUACAAAUGUAACGAAUGUGAAAAAGCCUUCAGUCGGAGUGAGAACCUUAUAAACCAUCAAAGAAUUCAUACUGGAGAUAAACCAUAUAAGUGCGAUCAGUGUGGGAAAGGCUUCAUUGAGGGUCCAUCUCUUACUCAACAUCAAAGAAUUCACACUGGAGAAAAACCCUAUAAAUGUGAUGAAUGUGGGAAAGCCUUUAGUCAGAGGACCCAUCUUGUUCAGCAUCAGAGAAUUCAUACGGGUGAGAAACCAUAUACUUGCAACGAGUGUGGAAAAGCCUUUAGCCAGAGAGGCCAUUUUAUGGAACAUCAGAAAAUUCAUACAGGAGAAAAGCCUUUUAAAUGUGAUGAAUGUGAUAAAACCUUUACCAGGAGCACACAUCUUACUCAGCAUCAGAAAAUUCAUACCGGGGAGAAGACCUAUAAAUGUAAUGAAUGUGGAAAGGCCUUCAAUGGUCCCUCAACAUUUAUCCGUCAUCACAUGAUCCACACGGGUGAGAAACCAUAUGAGUGCAACGAGUGUGGGAAAGCCUUCAGCCAGCACUCAAACCUCACUCAACAUCAGAAAACACACACGGGGGAGAAACCAUAUGACUGUGCCGAAUGUGGAAAAUCCUUCAGUUACUGGUCAUCCCUUGCUCAACAUCUGAAAAUUCAUACUGGAGAAAAACCUUACAAAUGCAAUGAAUGUGGAAAGGCCUUCAGUUACUGCUCCUCCCUUACUCAGCAUCGGAGAAUCCACACCAGAGAAAAGCCCUUCGAGUGCAGUGAAUGUGGGAAGGCUUUCAGUUACCUCUCCAACCUUAAUCAGCAUCAGAAGACGCAUACCCAGGAGAAAGCCUAUGAAUGUAAGGAGUGUGGAAAAGCCUUUAUUCGGAGUUCAUCUCUGGCUAAACAUGAGAGAAUUCAUACAGGUGAGAAGCCCUAUCAGUGUCAUGAGUGUGGGAAAACCUUCAGUUAUGGCUCCUCCCUUAUUCAGCAUAGGAAAAUACACACUGGAGAGCGACCUUACAAGUGUAAUGAAUGUGGGAGAGCCUUCAACCAAAACAUACACCUCACACAACAUAAGAGAAUCCACACAGGAGCAAAGCCUUACGAGUGUGCCGAGUGUGGCAAAGCCUUCCGGCACUGUUCAUCUCUUGCUCAACAUCAAAAAACUCACACAGAAGAGAAACCCUACCAGUGUAAUAAAUGCGAAAAGGCUUUCAGCCAGAGCUCUCAUCUGACACAGCAUCAACGAAUUCACACUGGAGAGAAGCCCUAUAAGUGUAACGAAUGUGACAAAGCUUUCAGCCGGAGCACACAUCUGACUGAACAUCAGAACACUCACACGGGGGAGAAACCUUACAACUGUAAUGAAUGCAGGAAGACUUUCAGCCAGAGCACAUACCUCAUUCAGCAUCAGAGAAUCCAUUCAGGAGAGAAACCUUUUGGCUGUAAUGAUUGUGGAAAAGCGUUCAGAUACCGGUCUGCUCUCAACAAACAUCAGAGACUGCACCCUGGCAUAUGACUCUUUGAGGAAGUCUGGUUUGUCCUUUUGUUAAGUACUGAAGAACCAGAGGAAUUGAGAAAGUGCUUAAAAUAUUUUAACUUUUCACUGUCACACACUGUCACACAAUAGAAUGGAAAGGACAUCAGGCUGAAGUAAUCCGAUUAUGUUUUUAAGCAACUUUGUGACAUUGGAAAAUUCAACCGUUUUAAGGUUCAGUUUGCUCUGUGAAUGAGGGGUUUGGAGUAGAUGGUUUCAGAAGUGGUUUGGAGUUUUAUAUUCCAGUUUUGAAUAUUCACAAUAUAUUCUUGAUCAGGGUUACUAUACAUCAGCAUUUUCCUAUGUUGCAUCUAGAGUGUGUGUAUUUAUGCAUGUUUUGCUAAUAGAAAGCAUUUGUGCUUCAGUAACUAGACUGAGGAUCUAUUAUGCUCCUGUUCUGAUGCAUUUAAGUUGAUUUACUGGUUCUUAAUAAAAAUAAUUGUAAAAAAUUCUUAAUAAUUUAUCAGUAAUAUAAUAGUUCACUUCAGGGCAAGUAUUAAACCUUCCUGUUAACUAUCUCUUCUUAGCACGUUUUAACAUUCUAGAAGUUCAUCACAAAGAUCCCCUUCCAUAGCUAAACCAGUGUUAUUUAACUUUCACUGAAUAGUGGAAUCACUUCAAGAACUUUAUAAAAUUCUGUUGCCAAGGCCCCACCCUUGAAGACGUAAUUAAAUUGGUCAGGGGGUAGGGGCCAGGCUUUAGUAUGUUUUUUGAACUCCUAAUAUGCACCUGGAAAGAACUGGAAUAGAUUUCAUUAUCCACUCCUUUAGUUGAUAGCUGUGUCAUGUGGCUCCUCCCAGGAGCCUCAGAGAUUAGCUGUUGUACACAUAAUUUUGACUACCAUCUUGUUUUGUAAGUUGGGUUCUCACAAGCUCUGGGAGGUAGGAUUAAUUUAUUUCCUCACUGAAGUACAGAAAUUCAACAGCUUUUUAAAGGUCAUUUUAUUUGCUUACCAAAUGCAGAUGACAGGGCUAACGAUGCCCCUGGCAGUGUGCAGCCCACAGCCUGUAUGGCCAGUGGUGGCCAACCUGGUCAGGAUAGCAUGCAAGCCAGAAAUCUGUAUGGGCCAAGCACGGAAGAGAAAGGCCCCUAUGUUUCCUUCGCAAUCUAGUCUAAUUAUCAGGCAGCUCUUUUCAGAGCAACUGACAAUUUCCCAGCCUGGCCUUGAGAAUGGAGAUCUUUGAGAACAGAAGGUAGUACAGAAACGUUCGAGACUCUUCUACAGAGGAGGUUUGGAGGAGGGGGUGCUGCAGAUUUUCUCAAGUGAAAAUAAUCAGUGCAGUCUUUGGCUUAUCUAAAUGCUAGCAACCUACGCUGGAAUCUUGUCCCUUCCUUAACUGAAGGUGCCAGACAGAAACAGAUCAAAUUCAGGAAGUAAGGCAGCUAUUUCAAAUCUCAGGACCUUUCUCCGUUGUAAGUUGAAAUCACUGUAAAGGAAUGUCAUCUUGGUAUUAAUUUCUCAAGGCUUCCAUUAUGGAGGAAUUACAGUGCUCCCACUGUAGAGAUGUGGAAACCAGCAGAGAGGAGAGAUCUCAGGAUACAGGGCAAGGCCCUCCCACAGCAAUGAAGUUUCUGGACUUGUGUGAAGGGUCUUCUCAUUUCCAGAGGAGAUCCCACAAUGGAAAACACUAGAGGCCGUGUGGAAUGGGAGACUCCCGUCCUUGUGCCACUGGUUACUAAAUGAAGGAGUAGAAUUUAUGUAGAAAUUUGUCAUUAACCCAGAAGGAUCCCACUUUGUUCCACUAAUUUGAUCUCUUCAUAGAUUUUGUCAGAUCAGAUCCAAAGCACCAAGGGUAUGUGAUCACUACCAAACUUCAUUCUUUUCUGCCUUCCCUGUGCUUGCCUGUCCUCCAUCUGCUCAGUUUGUAAAUGUGCUAAUAAUCACUCCCAGAUAAUACAGGCCUGGAGAAUAGAGAAGCAAGGAGCCUCCUGAAGUUAACAUGACCUUGAUAUUUCUGUAUCUUUUUGAGUAGCUCAAAAAAACAACAUCUCUAUUAGUUGUCCCAGAAUACAUUCCAAGUUCCCCAGGUGGGCAGAUUGGCAACUGCUGCUGCUGCUCAGACACAAUCAAUCUAAUGCUACAUGGUGGAGAGUGAAAGUGUUCAUCACCUGACAUGUCCCCUAGCCAUGUACAUUCUUCCCCCUCACCCCUAUUUUAAGAACUGAGAGAAAUUAAUUUAAGUGGUUUCUUAGUCUUUUUUUUCUUGAUUAUAUGCCACAAACACCUACUAUACUAUAACAUGCUCUAUCCCCAUGUCAGUCUUCCUGCUUAGCAGGGAGUCUGCUUCUCCUUCUCCCUCUGCUUCUCCCCUCUUGUUCUCUCUCUCAAAUAAAUAAAUUUUAAAAAACUUUGAUGAAGCUCCUUGUCAAAAGCUUUUGAAAAGUUAAAUCACAUCAUCAUCAAGGCAAACUUCAUUGCGCUGGCAUAACAGGACUGCCAGUAUACCCUCAGUUAAUAAUAAUAAUAAAAGCAAAUGAUCUUUCAAA